UAACAGUGGGUAUAGCGAGACACCAAAGGCAAGAACAUUAUCAGCAACAACAAAACAAAACCCAUUGCCGAAUGACAGUAAGGAACAAGAAGGACAGAAGGAGUACAUUCAUCCACAGGAUUAUUUCAACCAAAGGAAUUUGAAAAGGACUUAAAUUUGCUUGUUGUAGCCUUAACAAGAAGCACCCAAUUGCCCUUUUAUUUUAAUAACCCAAAAAAACAAACUGUAGUUAUCUGGUCAAAAUGUCCAAUGGAAUGAACAAAUCUUUAAGGGUCCAAUUUGGACUCAUCAACUACGACAAUCGCUACCUCACAGCGGAGACUUUUGGCUUCACAGUAAACGCAUCUGGUACAACUAUGAAGAAAAAACAACUCUGGAGCCUGGAGCAGUCUGAACAGGAUGGCCAAGUGGUUUUCCUUCGCAGUCACCUUGGGCGCUACCUGUCCACAGAUAAAGAUGGCAAAGUAUAUUGUGAAACUGAAGUUCCAGACUCUAAUUGUCGCUUUCUGAUUAUGGCUCAGGCAGAUGGCCGUUGGGCGAUACAGUCUGAACCUUAUCAGAGAUACUUUGGGGGCACUGAAGAUUUCCUCACCUGCUUCGGCCAGACUAUAGGAGAAACAGAGUUGUGGGCCGUCCACCUGGCCCUUCACCCACAGGUUAACCUGUUCAGCAUAGCCCGCAAACGCUAUGCACGCUUGUCUGAUUCAGAGAGUGAGAUUACUUUUGACAGUGACAUCCCAUGGGGAGUAGACUCCCUGAUAACCCUGCUGUACAAGGAAGGAAAGUACAGUGUAAAAACCUGUGACAACCGCUUUCUAAGUAGCAAUGGAAAGCUGGUAAAUGAUUUUGAUCCUGAAACAGCUUUCACUUUGGAUCUCACUACUGGUAAGCUGGCUUUCAAAGACAACAAUGGAAAGUUCUUAGCCCCAGCAGGUCCUACGGGUACCUUGAAGUCUGGAAGAAGUACAAAGCCUAUUAAAGAUGAGCUUUUUGACCUGGAGGACAGCAAUCCACAGGUGGUUUUCAAGGCAGUCAACAACAGAUACCUAUCUAUUCGUCAAGGUGUCAGCAUCUCAGCCAAUCAGGAUGAGGAAACAGAUCUGGAGACAUUUCAGAUGGAAAUUGACCAAGCAACAAAGAAAUGCAUGUUCAGAACUAAUGCAGGGACUUAUUGGACUCUCGUGGUUCAUGCUGGCAUCCAUACCACAGCCACAGAAAUUGAUCCCAACACAAUGUUUGACAUUGAAUGGUUUGAGGGAAGAGUGGCUCUAAAAGCCAAUAAUGGAAAAUAUGUCUGCAACAGAAAGAAUGGACAGCUUGCUGCAGUCAGUGAUACAAUUGGCACUGACGAGCAGUUCUUGAUGAAGCUGAUCAACCGUCCAAUCUUAAUCUUGCGAGGGGUGAACGGCUUCAUUUGCCAUCACAAGAUCUCUAACACACUGGAUGUCAACCGCUCCAAUUAUGACAUCUUCUCAUUGCUUUACAACGAUGGUGCAUACUACAUAAAAUGUGGAAGUGGACAGUUCUGGUAUGUCACUAGCAGUGACUUGGUGUGUUCGGAUGGUGAAGAGCCAGAGAACUUCUUUCUAGAGUUCCUGGAACCAGGGAAAAUGGCCAUAAAAAGCAAAAAUAGCAAAUAUCUGCGUGCUGACCAAGGAGGCACUCUCAAAUGCGAUGUUACAACUAUGGAAAGCUGCUGUCUCUGGGAGUACUGAGCCAUUAAAGGAUGCUUUAGCACCAGCAGAGCUGCACAGGCGGAUGAAUAAGUUAACUGAUAACAAAAAAAAAUCUCUUGUGUUAAUGGUUGACUUAUUUUAUUCUUGUACAGUGGUACUUUAGCCUACAAAUUUAUUUCAUUCUGGGGGCG